AUGGACGGCGAAUGCUACGCUUUUGUGUCGGACGCCCAUCCAAACCGAGACAUCCAGAACGCCUCGCUGUUGCGAGGAUUCAUUGAAGUGGAGCAUGGACAGUGGGUGGACCGCGAGGAUGCCGGCGUGUCGAAACUCGGCCGCCUGGGAGAUCAGCUCGCGGAUGAGGCUGAGGACGCUGAGGCGGAGGAGGCUUGUGAUGCGACGUUGGAGCAGUCUGAGGACGGCGAGACCUCGAAAUGCCCAAUGAUGCCAGUCGUGCGCAAAGCGAGAGACAAGGUUGUCCAGGCAGCGAAGGAAGCCGGCAAGUGGGCCAGGCGGCUUUUUCCAAAGUACCUGGGAGCUCCAGAUGAGGAGGACAUUGCCCCCGACAGCAGCAAUCCGCUCUUUGCAAGCGAUGUGGCAAAGGGCAGCUGCAACUUGCAGACGUUGGACGGCUGCAGCUUCAAGGAGCAGUUCUUCAUUGAGAAGCAACGCAAUGCUUCUGCAGAGAAGCGACAAUCUGUGCCUUGGCGAUUUGGCCGUGUGGCGUGA